ACAAAAGAAAAUCCGCCGAAAUCUUCAAGCUAUUAUUAAUGAAAUUAUUAAAAGUUGGCAGCGUUCUAGGAUAAGAUGAGCGAUACCAGUAAGUUACCACCGCCAAUGUAUUAUUACGUGCAGGCCUCCAGCGCCGGAGACGGAGAGGACGACGAGGAUUUAUUCGAUUCCAGCGGAACUCUCAUCACAUCCGAGUAUCUGAACGACACCGUGGCCAAAUCGCUCUCCGAUAAGUAUACCGUGCUGUACGACUCCAACGACUGCCCCAUCUACAAGUGCCAUGAGUGCGAUACCAUUCUGCGCAGCACGGGACAUCUGGUUGGCCACAUCGCCGUUCACACGGGGGAGAAUCCGUACAGCUGCAACCUCUGCAAACGCGCCUUUUCCAACUCUACCCGGCUAAAGCUACACCUGAAGGUUCACUGUAUCAUCAAAUCCAAUACCGGCUUGACGGUGACUCGCAUCCGGAAGCCGUCGCCAACGAGGAUCACAAUCACGACAGGAUCGGACCAGGAAUCACCACCGUCACCGAGCGAGACCGACCCGGAUCGCACGUUUAGCUGUAUCGAAUGUAACGAGAGUUUACCGAAGGACAAGCUCUACCACCAUAUGAAGCAGCAUUUGAUGGAGAAAAACAUUUUCGAUAAGAAAGGACACGACUGCUUACGAUGUGGCGUGUCGUUUGAUAAAAGCACCAGUCUAUUACGCCAUGCCGAAGAGUGCACAGGAGAAAGCGGGUUUGAUGUGGGUUGCGAUUCGAUCAAGGUAACCUCCGAGGUGGAACUAGUACCGAUCCGUAGGACAGAACCCACCGGGGACACAAAUCCUAUCGAUGCCAAUCCGAUUCUUUCCGGAUUGCUAUUGCGAGAGCAGUGUCCCCCAGGAAGCACAUUAACGCUAACUGCCACCAACGAGACCGAACAACAGCCUCCAGCUAGUGAAAAACAGUCCACCGAAACAACAGGCAGCCAGAGCACAAAGGGAGUUAAAUCCGAUGCAGGUUUCGUGAUCAGCUCGGUGGCCAGCGUAGAUGAGCAGUUUUUGGAAAACCUCGCACAAAUGGAGCUACAAUCGCGCACUCCGGAGUUGGAAGAAAUGGAGGAACCCGCACUGGAUCCAGCCUUAGCACACGACGAUAGCCUUCUGAUUUGUACGAUUUGUGGCCGGUCGUUUGAGGAACCGUUUGGCUUACGGCAGCAUUUACGCAUUCGGCAUUCCGACAAAAAACCAUUCAAAUGUCCGGAGUGCAAGAAACGGUUCACGGAAGAGCGCAUUAUGCUGAUACAUUUGCGCGUACACGUCAGCAGCCAGGCCUUUAUUUGCAUCGUAUGCUACAAAACGUUCACCCGGGCCGCCGCAUUGAAUGGCCACCUAUCGUGCCAUUCGCACGAAUCGAUCAACUGCAUCGAGUGUUCCGCUGUUACGAUAAGCGUGCAAAAGUACGCUCGCCACAUUGACGCUAAACAUCCCAAGUUCCACGAGCGGCUUCAAGCUAUCAGGAUUAAACGACCAGAGUACGAACGUUCCUUACUCUUGCGACGAAUGCUGGAACAGAGCAUCGGGGUGAUCGUUCAAUCAACUGAAGCUCUUCAGCAGAAUGCAACCGACCGGCCAUAGAGACGAGGAAGAGGGUAUUAAUUGGCUUAACAUCAUAUUAAAACCAAUGCAAUCUCAAUGCAUAUGAAAAUAUAGAAUCUCUUGUAUAAACCUAGUCUCCGUAGCCUGGUCAUCUUUAUGUUCCCACAGAGUUACAUAUGUUCCCAUCUGUCUAUUGCCAUUUUGUGCGCGGUAAGCUUGAGUGCAGUGAAAACGCUUGCCAUUAUUGAAAUUAGCUGAAUCUCCAGCUCUCUUAUUUGCCAAGG